ACAGGUUGGAGGUGGAGUUACCGCCUUACACCAGGAAAUCUAUUGUAAUAAGUUAUCGAAUGUCAGGCUGUGAAGUUCAGUUAAUGAUGUAAACAGAAGUAGUUAGACGCACUAAACUCGCCAACGUUAGCUAGUAAGUCUUGCUUACUGUGUUAGAAACUUUAAUAAUCUGUCCACUUCAUUUAGCCGGAGCUAUAAUCCCAAUUCACGCAGCACCUUUGGCGCCGUUGCAGCUCUGUUUGGUUAGUGAGCUGGUUGCUAACGUAAGCGCCGUCAGAGAGGUUGCGAGGUUCGUCAGCUUACCGGGUGGUUAACUUGGGACGUUCAAUUCAGAGUUUAGGGCUUCCACAGAGCUCGUACGGUGUAAGUUAUUUACCAGACUUGACAAAUAUUGACAUUGUCACUUCCAACCAGAUGGAGUCUUCUCUGGGAUCUCUGCAGAAUCCUGAUUUAAGCUCUGUCCUGUCAUCAUGUGAGCCAGAGCUCCAGGAACUGAUGAGACAGAUUGACAUUAUGAUCAAUCAUCAGAGGACGGAGUGGGAGGCUGAGACGCAGGCCUUGGAGCUCAGGCUGAAAAGCGGGGAAGAGGAGCUGUUGACUUCCAGGAAGCUCAUUGAGCAGAGGGACCUGGAGAUCGGAUUGCUCCGCCAGCAGCUGCAAGGAGUCCAGCCUGGUCGACAAGAGUUAGUUACCAAGUAUGAGCAACAGCUGCAAAAAGUCAGAGAAGAGUUAGAUAAAUUGAAGAGAAGUUAUCACAAGCUUCAGCGCAAACAUCUCAGGGAGGCCAGUGGAGGAUCAAAUACUAAAGAGACAGACCUGUCAGAGGCUCGACUUAAUGGAAAGAUUGAGGAAUAUCAACAGCUCUCUGCUGAGUGGGAGCAGCAGCGCAUCCAGUAUCAAAAACAGCUGACAGCACUGGAGACCAAGAAUAGUAGCCUGUCUGAUGAGCUCACACACAUGAAAGCACAAUGGGAAAGGUUGAAAAAGGAGAAGGAACACAGGGAGUGCUGUUUAGAGGUGCAGUGUCUGUGUACCCAGCUGGAGAAGGCCCAGGGCAGCCUGCACUCACAGGAGCUUGAACUGGAACGUCUCCGACCCCUAGAGAUGUGGCUUGGACAGUACCGGAGAGAGCAGCAGGUCCUCUCAGAGGAGAGGCAGGAACUCCACGCCACACUGGACUCCCAGGACACAUUUGUGCAACGGGCCAGUCUUGAACGCCAGUGGCUUCGCAAUGAAGCUGCUAGACUCAAGCAAGUGCUACAAGCUAAAGAUCAAGUCAUUCGCUCUCUGGAGGACUGUCUGGCAUCUCAGGGCCGUGCUGGUGUGGAGACCCUCAGACAAGACCUGGAGAAGACCACAGCCAAGCUUCACUCUGCCCAAGCAUGUGAGGUUCAUCUCAAGGCUGAACUGGCUUGUCUCAAGGACAGACAUGAAAGGGCGAGUCGACAGAGAGCUGACCAAUCAAAGGCAGAAGAACUGAGGAGCAUUAAAGCAGAUUCCUCUAUUACUGAACUGAAAAAGCUCAGGGAGGAGCUUCACCGGGCCAAGCAGACUCACAGCGGUGAGGUGGAGGGAAUGCGGAUGGAGGUGUCAAAGCUGACUACAGAGCUGCACCAGCGCGAUGUCACCAUCACCACGCUGAACAGCUCUUCAUCCAGCAUCAGGCAGCAGCUCCACCGUGAGGUGGAGCGAGCAGAGCAGAAGGCUGCUGAGCUUAAAAUGACUCAGGCCCAGCUGGAGACUCUACAAACUGAGAACCAGCAUCUGAAGGGUCUGCAAAGGCUGGAGUCUCAGUCACCUAAGAGGGGGGAUUCCUCGCUCGUAUCCCUGAGGGAGAGUUAUGUGUCAUCUCUGAGCAGCCUGGAACAAGAGAAUCGGCAGCUAAGACAAGAACUUGCUAAGGUGCAGGCCCAACUUCAAGUCUCCAGCCGGACAUGUCAAGACAGAUAUGAGCGAGCUGUGCUCAGUCACGCCAUGUCUGACCAACCACAGCCUACACAGGACGGCAGUGAAGGUACCAGACAUCACAAACACAGGGAGGCGGUACAGGUAACGACUCACUCCGAAGGGGAGAUCCGGAGGCUCUUCGAGCAGCUGCACACCCUGUCCCAUUCUUCUGGAGAGCACUCCUGUAACCAGCCCCAAGACAGCAGGCCUCAUUCAUCAGCAUCCUCCUCCUCCUCCACCUCCAGCAGCACAGAACUCACCAGGAGAAACUCGGUCCCAACCCGAAAUUCAAAUGAAUCUGCUGCUGAAGGACAAAGCUCCAACUCUGAAGAUGGAGACAAAACCAUACCCUCACCCUCUCCCUCUGCAGUGGAGCCCUUGUCAGCGUCACCUGCAGACCGCAUGGUGUCACGAUUCCUGGAGGAAGAGAACUUGCGGUCCACAGAGCUGCUCCAGAGACUGGACGGCCAUAUCCAGGGUAUGAUAGAAAACAAUGUCAAGACAGUGUCCAGGUACCUGCCUAGUGGCUCUGGGCCCGGAUCUGCCCAGACUUCAGUAUAGUGCCUUGGACAGUAGUGCCAAAGACGUUCUUGUACGGGGUGUUGAGUUUGUGUGUGUGCCCGACUUGACUGAACCUAAGAGCCAUCUUUUCUUAUUUUUACAGAGUUUGCACAUUUAGGUUCAGUAUCGAGCCGGCAGUGUCGAGCUUUGAGUUCAGCAAUUUCAUUCCCAUGAGCUCUCAACACGUACAGUGCUGUCAUGCCACAGCAUGUACAGAGGUGUUUUCAAGCCCACUCUGUCCCCACACUGAGGUCAAACAUCACCUCAAAUUGUCACGUAUUUAUUUUCAUUUGUGCAACAGCAGAAUGUCCUUUUCUUGGAGAUAUGUUUUUCUCCCUUCAGAUCAAGCUAAUCUUUAAAAACUGCCAAAGGCUGACUGAUUGUACAUCAGCUCAUACUUUGUGUUGAAAGCUGCAUUUGAACACACCGCGAAGACUGCAGCUGACAAGCACAUUGUACACAAUCUGUUCAUCCACAGAAGAUAACGAAGCCUCAGUGGUCUAUCUGUGUGAUCCAAAAAACAUUGCAGAAAGACGACAUCUACAGUGUAAGGACAUUCACUUCACUCUUACUUUUGGCAAGAGAAAGAAGCAAAUCCUUGCAUUCAUGAAGCUCAAACCUUUUUAUGUUUGUAACAUUUGCUUGAAAAAUAACUCGUGAUUAAUUGCAAUCAAAUUAGUGGCUGCUCUAGUCAGCUGGAGGAAAAAGAAAAAAACAAAUAGAGAAGCAACAUGACGAGAGAACUGUGUCAAAUGCAUGAAUUAGGUUUCAGUGACGGUGUUCACGAUCAAUUCAACGUCCUCAGCUGGCUGAGCAGGUGAACGUGCAGGUAGCUCUAAACACACUGCUUUAACUGUGAAUUGUGACAGUCAGCAGCUGGAACUCAACUACGGUCAUUGGUUCUUUGUUACAGAGGCUCUGAUAUGUAUUGACUGCUCUAAAGAGAUCAUCCGGAUUGUUUGCCAGUUGUUUGAGAAAAGAGAAAGUGAUCACCAUUUUUACAGUACUGUAAACAUACUUUGACGCCCCAGGGUGUUUGAUGCUGUGUUCUUUGGCUGGGAAAGACAGAGAACAGAGACUUCUGCUUUAUUUGAUGACUGAUGAGAUGCUUUCUGUCAACAUUAUAAGCAAGCAUCUGCAUGUGUAUCUUUUUAUUAUCAGACCAUAAGUGAAAUGUGCCUUUUGACAGACUGCAGUGACCUUAGGAAAUUACUGACCGUCCACAGUGCGUUGUGCCCUGCAGUCUGUCAACUUCUUGGUUGUUGAAUUCCACCUGUGUUACGCAUUGGAGUUCUGACAUUAAGUGGACUUGCUCUGCACUAGGAUGCUAAAUCUUCCAAUUCUUCAAGUUGUCUGGAAUGCAGCAUUGACACAAGCUUUGCAUUUACGUCCAGAGAAAAGAAUGUUGCUGUGGGCCAAAGAGGUGUCUGUCCUCCCUGCACGUCUGUCAUAACUGGGGAAAAUACCACAUAUGUACAUGUCUGUCCAGAAGUCCCAGACAGUAGGGAGGGUGAGAAGGCAUUUUACACUGUAGCUCCCCACCACCACCACCACCACUACUCACCCUGCAGAGGCCCUCUGGCUUGUCAAGUGCAGGAAUGCAUGCAGCAUGCCAAUGCUGUCAUGAACCUUCCCCUGCGGCCUGCUUUGUCCUCAUCAUUAGAAAGCUGUAGGAAUGUUAAUAUCAACCAUGUGGGGCACUCGAUCUCAGAAGGGCCAGAGGGGAAUAGUUAUAUUUUACUGCUUUUCUAAUGAGGGACACACUGAUAGAAUGGAAAUAAAGUGGAAAAAAUUCAA